AUGUUGGCACGUCUAAACGAGUCUAGGCGCAAGUCGUCAUCUACAGCACCGCGAAGGGAUUCUGGGAUCGCUGGACUGCCUUCCGACAAUUUGGAACGUGUUCGUACCGUCGAGUCGAUCCCUGAACUACCAUUGGCAUCACCAUCAGACGAGGUCGUGAACGAAAUUCUUCAAGCGACAUCCGGCGACAACCAGGAGCCAACACGCGUCUCAUAUGCAAUUUUUAGACUCCCGGCUGAGCUACGAAUCCUUAUCUACGAGCUCAUUUGGGCAGAUCUACCUUCUGAAAGCACAAUCGACCUAUUCUCUACAGCACCACCAUCUGCGGCAUUGCUGUUGACCACAAAACGACUGCACUACGAUGCUAAAGCCGUCUUCCGAGGGGCUUGUCAGCAAUACUGGUCACUCAAUACCUUUCGCCUCACGAUCGACUACAAAACAAGCUUCAGUCGCAUCCCUGCGGCUAGGUUCAUGCAUGGACCAAUACGGCAAUGCUCUCGAGACUUCGUCCAACAGGUAGAAGUGUCGGCACGGAAAGGCUGGGAGAGCAUCAGCAGGCUCGAGGCAGUCCAGCUACGACCUCAGGCUACGGUUACGACGAGACGCGUAUCGCAAAGUGGGCUGUGGAAACGGGAAACAGAGAUUUGGAUCAAUCAUGCUCUCGAGACGUCGAACUCGACGAUCAGAUUAAGAUGCAGUGGGCCAGAGUUUAGUGAUAUUGCUUUGCAGAUGGUGUCUUCUGGUGAUGCUGUGGGUAGGGACGAUUUGCUUUCCCCGUUCCCUUCUGUCAAACACCAGCUUAUGUUUCUGGCUGGAUGGUAG